AUGUCGAGUUGUGAUGAGAGGGAAAUGUGUGACGCAAGAAGCGAUGCUCUAGCAACAGGAGGCACGCGGGCGCCGGGAGGCAAGGCACUGGAGGCAUGGGUAGUGGAAGACGAGGCACUAGCAUGGACGGCGAGGCACUGGGCACGAACAAUGGGUGUAGGCGCUAGGGCGAGUCAAGUUGCAUCAACUUUUGGUAAUGAGGUAACAUCUAAGAGUUCUUCUGAUAAGGAUGUAUUUGACAGUGAAGAUUGCUUACAGGUUGAGUCUUCUAAGUUUGAAUAUUUUUAUGAUAAUGAAUAUGAUGUGGAGAAUUCCCAAUUGUAUGAGAAUGCAGUUGAUGGAGGUGAAGAUUAUGAGUCUGAUGAGCUACAAAGCCUUAGUGGCUCAUCUGAUAAAGAUGAAACAGGGGGUGAGAGGGUUAAGUAUCCAUAUUUCAAUGCUAAGGUUGAUAUGGUUGACCUAUAG